CCGGGGCGGCCGCAGUGGGUGAGGGGCACCUGACGGGAUGCUUGGAGUGCCAGGGAGGCAAUAGCGCGAGAGAAACCAGGUGUUGGGUUUUUAUUGGAGAGGUGAGGACAGCCCCUGAAUCCAGGAAGAGAACCUGCUUCUGGAGGCCGGGCAGGGGAGAGGAGGGCCCCACCCCAGCUGUGUUUGCCCUGCUCUGUGUAUUCAGCCAGCUGGCUCCGGACGAGGAAGCGAAGGGCAGGGAGCCGGGCACAGUUGACAGCCUGGUACUGGCAGCGCCAGCUGGAGACACGGCACCCUGAGCAGGAGCAGCUCAGGGGACACCAGGGGACUGAAGACACUCCCACCAGGGGCUCAACAGGGACAAUGGGUAACCAAAUGAGUGUUCCACAAAGAACUGAAGACCAAGAGAAUGAAAUGGAAACAGACACUUACAAGGUGGCUUCUGGGAGGGAGUGUGGUCAAAACGGGGUGCCAGUGAUCCUUUCCACCCACACCGUUCAACUCUACGACGAAGUCGAUUUGGGAAUAAGUGUCAAGGAGGAGAAUGCGGCCACUUCUUCCCCCGAGACAAUGGAGAUAAGCGCUGUUGCGGAUGCCAGCGGGAAGAAUCUUGGGAAAGAAGCCAAACCCGAGGCCCCAGCUGCUAAAUCUCGUUUUUUCUUGACACUCUCUCGGCCGGUACCAGGACGUACCGCAGACCAAGCCACAGAUUCAUCCACCGGAUCAGUGAAGCUCGAUGUCAGCUCCAAUAAAGCUCUAGGGAACAAAGGGCCGAGUGAGAGCAUGGCACUUCCCGUAGCAGCUGCAUCGGGGCACGACCCAGAUAAAGCCCCGGGGCAGACCCCGGCCGCACACCAAGGCCUCUCUGCAGAGUGGGGACCAGCGCCUCUCCCUCCUGAGUCAGGGGGACCAGCCCCCUCCAAGCCCAAGGACGCCAGCUUUUUUGACAAGCUCUUCAAACUGGACAAGGGACGGGAAAAGGCACCAGUUGACAGCCAACAGGAAGCCAAGAGCGCAGAGCAUCAGGACCCGGCCGACGAAACUCCUGGAUUAUCGAGGCAGUCCGAUGAUGUGCCUCCGGAGAGCGACGUAGUUGACGGCAAGGGAAAGGAAGGACAGGAAAUCACAACAGUGAGUUACUCGGUCCCGGGGGACCCAGAAGAACUGGAGACUGCAAAGGAGGACCCCCAGACAACAAAUAUAACAGAGAAUAAUAAUUCCAUCAUGAGCUUCUUUAAAACACUGGUUUCACCUAACAAAGCUGAAACAAAGAAGGAUCUGGAAGACACGGCAUCCAAAACGGAAAAUGUCUGUGACAGACAAGCUGGGCCGAAGACAGCCGAGGCCCAGGCUAAAGGCACCAAGAAAAAGCAUCUGCAUAGCCCCAGGCUAGGACUCACCUUCAGAAAAUUCUUUAGGCAUAAGGGUGCGGAAAAGUCACCCACUACUUCAGCCGACCUCAAGUCAGACAAAGCCAACUUUGUACCCCAGGAGACCCAAGGGGCAGCCAAGAAUUCUCCCUCCACUGAAACAGCAAAGGAAGGUGCCAAGGAAAAGGGGGGACCCACCUCUCUGCCUCUGGGCAAACUGUUCUGGAAAAAGUCAGUUAAAGAGGAUUCAGUCCCCACAGGUGCAGAGGAGAAUGCAGUGUGUGAAUCACCGGUAGAGGUUAUAAAGUCCGAGGAAGUAGAAUCAGCCUUACAGACAGUGGAUCUCAACGAAGAAGGAGAUGCCACCCCUGAACCCGCAGAAGUAAAACUCAGAAGAGAAGAACGCAGACCACCGAGAACCUCCUUGAUGGCCUUUCUCAAACAAAUGUCAGUGAAAGGGGAUGGAGGGAUCACCCCAUCAGAAGAAGUAAAUGGGAAAGACUCCAGCUACCAAACACCGGACUCAACGGAGAAGGCCCUCUCGCCACCGGAGCCAGAACCGGCAGGAGUAGGCCAGAAGAGCAAAGAAGGCUCCUCAAAAGACAAGAAGGCAGCAGCCGAAAUGAACAAGCAGAAGAGCAACAAGCAGGAAGCCAGAGAACCGGCCCCGUGCGCGGAGCCCGCCGUGGGGGAGGUGAACUUGCAGGACGGGGACAAGGCCCCAAAGCGACCCGAGAAGCGGCGGCAGUCCCUCGGGGGCUUCUUUAAGGGCCUGGGACCAAAGCGGAUGUUGGAUGCUCAAGUGCAGACAGACCCCGUAUCCAUCGGACCUGUUGGCAAAUCCAAGUAAACAAAUCACUACAGUCCCCACCAAGUCCUCCUGCCACCAGGAUGUCUCCUCCCCACUCCAUCUCCUCCCCAAACCCACUCCAUGUAUAUAUUUUUUCUUCUGAUGGCCAUCAAAUGAAAUUCUGCCUACAAAAUAAGCCUGAGCUGUUGUAUAUUGAGGUGUAUUAUUUACGUCUCUGGUCAAGUCUUUCCCGGUAAAUAGCUGUAAAGAUGGUUUAGCAAGUUAAUUAGUAAGGUCAGAAGAGUUGGUUGCCAAGCAGGGGAGGGAGGGGACGGAGGAAGGCAUUCUGGUUAAGUUAUGAAAAAUGGCAGUGACGAGUAAGUUGCAGAAGAAAAAUGCCUGGUGGAAGGAAUUACGUUUUGUAGUAAAUACGUGCUCAUCCUCUAACCUUUUAGAGGAGAGACGAAAAUCUGUUUGUUUAAGUUCACAUUUCAAGGAGGGAGAACAUGGGCUCGGCGCUGGGAGGUUGCCAAUUUCCUGGAAUGGAAUGUGCGGGGAAUGAAAAGGGAAUGAAUAAGAGUCGUUUUUCAAAUAGGGUCCUUGAAAGUGAUUGACGAGAGGGAAAAGAUUGACUGGAGAGGGCUUGAGAUGAUUUGGGAAAACAAUUGCUUUUUUAGGCUCAGCGACAAGGGCGAAGAUUACAACUUCC